UGCCUGAUUUAAAAUUGUAGCGUAUUUGAUAAUGAUAUAGAGGACGCAAUAAUCGAAAUUAAUAUGACUUUUGACUUACGAACCCAUUUAAUCACAGUCUACUUCAAUCCUAAUAAAACAGAAGAGGAAAUUUGGAUGUAAAUGUAAAUGUCAAAUUUCAAGAAAUUCAAAUUUUAAAAACAAAAUAACAAAAACAAGGUGAAAACCAUUGUGAAAACUGAGUGAAUCUUUAAACAGUAAUUAUUAUGGAAUAUUUAAGUUCCAGUUUGCACGAUAAUUUGAGUUGUAACAUUUUAAAACUUCUAAAUGAGGCCGAAAUUAGUACUGUAAUUCAGUUUUUAAAUAGUGAAAGUAAAAAAAUAGAAAAAGUUACAGGUUUAACACUUAGAGAAGUUUUAGACAUAAGAAAGAAACUUUUAAAGCUAUAUUCCAAACCAAUAAGUGCCUAUGAUUGUUAUCAAAAUAUAAUAAGUAAUUUUGCCCUUAUUCCUACAGGGAUUGAGAGGUUGGAUAUCUUAUUAGAAGGAGGGUUAUUUACCGGAAAUAUUUAUGAAAUAUGUGGCUUGCCUGCUUCUGGAAAGACUUUAUUUUGUUUAACAGUUUUAAAAAACAUUGCAACAAAGGCCAACAGUGAUAUUGUAUACCUGGAUACAAAAUACGACUUCUUAGGAACGAAAUUGAAGCAAAUGUUGACAAAUUUAAAUAGAGAAGAAAUUAUCUCAAGUAUGAACCGAAUACAAGUACUUCGAGUAACGACAAAAUCGGAGUUUCUAAAAUAUCUUCUGUUUAUAAAACAUUCUGUAGACAACGGAAAACCGAUAAAGUUAGUUAUAAUCGAUUCUCUUCCUCCUCUAUGUUUCAUAUCGUCGGAUCAAACAGAAAACAACGCAUUUCUUUGUUACACAGCCAAUAUUUUACACUAUUUGGCAAAAGAACACAAUAUGGUGAUAAUCGUAACCAACUUAAUAACGUUGUGGAACGAAGGUGAUUUUAAGAACAUUGAUGUGAUGAAAGAGAGAAUCUCUUGUGGCACUUAUUGGUUUGAGAUGCCCAAUGUUAGGAUAUGUUUGAAGAAGGAUAAGUAUAAUUGUAGAAUGACUCUAACCAAAGCUAUUAAAGUAAUACCAGAAGUUAAUUUUUGUGAUGUUAAGUUUACAGACGAAGGAUUUGUGUAAUAUAUUUUUAUAUAAUAAAAUAUUUUUAAUAAA